AUGGCCCAGCAGCGCCGCGUCCAGCUCUCAACCCAGCGUCCCACCAGCACCGUCUGCGUGCUGGGCACUGAGCUCUCCCUGGACGUCUGCGGGUCUGCACCCAAAGAUGCCGUCGCCUUCCACGUGCAGGGGACGCCGGGCGUGAAGCUCUACGUGGUGCACGAGACGCAGAGCAUCAAGUUGCCCUCCAGCGUGUGCCGCUGGCCCCUGGCCGCCGGCGCCGAGGUGCUGCUGGCCAUGGAUGCCCUCAGCAAGGAUGUGGGUGAUGAAAAGGUCAGGAUUUCUUAUUUCGGGGAGGCCGGCGGGGUGCCUGUGGGCAGAGCCAUGCUGUACCUCACCUGCGUGGAGGUCUCGCUGGACGCCGACACCAGCCGCAGCGGGGCAGCGAGCAGAACGCUGCUGGAUAAGGCGACGUGGACGUGGGGUCCCGACGGGCACGGGGCCAUCCUGCUGGUGAACUGUGACCGUGACGACCCCAAAGCCGAGACGCCGGAUAACCGCGACACCGCUAUCCGCUCCUACGCUGACCUGAAGGACAUGUCGCAGAUGGUGCUGUGGACCCGAGGUCCCCGCACCAUCUUCACCGGCCACCGCCUCCUUCUCCACGUGGACUUCAGCGACGCUGAUAAAGUCGGCGUUUUCUACGGCGGCAACAGCGUCGCGCUGGAGGAGUACAAACACGUGCUGGGGGGCUCGAAGCUUGCCUACACCGUCAAACCCAGCCGGCAUCAAGAGGAGAGCAUCUUCUACGUGGAGGGGCUCGCCUUCCCCGACGUCGGCUUUUCAGGGCUGGUGGCUUUCCACGUCACGCUGCUGGAGAGCCCCGAGAAGGGUUUGCUGGAGACGCCGAUUUUCACCGACACGGUGGUUUUCCGCGUGGCUCCGUGGAUCAUGACCCCCAACACGGCGGCACCGCUGGAGGUCUUUGUCUGCAGCGUGGAUGAUAAUGAGGAUUUCGUGGCGGCCGUGGGUGCCGUGGCCGAGAAAGCCAAGUGCCCGCUCACCGUCUGCCCGCUGCCGGAGAACCGCCAGGACCGCUGGAUCCAGGACGAGGUCGAAUUCGGCUACGUACAAGCCCCCCACAAGACCUUCCCCGUCGUCUUCGACUCGCCCCGCGACUGGGGGCUGAAGGAUUUCCCCGUCAAGAGCAUCCUGGGCCCCGAUUUCGGCUACGUGGCCCGGCAAGCGCCGGAGGGUGCCUCCAGCCUCGAUUCCUUCGGUAAUUUGGAGGUGAGCCCCCCCGUGACAGUGCGGGGCAAGGAAUAUCCCUUGGGCCGUAUCCUGAUCGGCAGCAGCUUCCCCAGAUUUGGCGGCCGGCGGAUGGCGAAAGCCGUCAAGGAUUUUCUCGUUGCCCAACAAGUGCAGGCGCCGGUGGAGCUAUUUUCGGACUGGCUCCAUGUCGGCCACGUGGAUGAGUUUCUCAGCUUUGUCCCCGCGCCCGAUCGGAAGGGUUUUCGGCUGCUCCUGGCCAGCCCCAGCGCCUGCUACCAGCUCCUGAAGGAGAAGCAAGAGGAGGGGUUCGGCGAGGCGGCCAUGUUCAAGGGACUGGGGGAGGUGCCCAAGCCGACGAUAAACGAGAUUCUGGCUAACGAAGGCCUCCGGAAAUUCAAUAAUUACGUCCAGAGCUGCAUCAGCUGGAACAGGGACAUCCUGAAGCGAGCGCUGGGUCUGGCCGAGCCGGACAUCCUCGACAUCCCCCAGCUCUUCCGAGGCGACGUGGCCACCGGUGCCGAAGCCUUCUUCCCCGACAUGGUGAACAUGCUGGUGCUGGGCAGGCACCUGGGCAUCCCCAAGCCCUUUGGACCGCUGGUGGGUGGGCAGUGCUGCCUGGAGCAGCGGGUGCGGGCGCUGCUGGAGCCCCUGGGCCUCACCUGCACCUUCAUCGACGACUACUUCUCCUACCACGUCCUCUCCGGGGAGGUCCACUGCGGCACCAACGUCCGUCGCAAGCCCUUCGCCUUCAAAUGGUGGCACAUGGUGCCCUGA